AUGACGAGGAUCCUGCUGACUUUCGCAGUACUACUGCUGCCAGCGCCGGCGGCACUCGGCAAGGAGAUACCCAAAGCAGCUGCAGCUGCAGCCGCAACGGACGAGCAGAAGAAACAAGAGAGUUCGACGACCAAGGAUCUCAAGGUGGCGUCCAGUUAUAGCUACAGACAGAGUAGCGCCGAUAGCGACAACGACGAUGCCACGUCGUUGGAUGACUUUAGACCAAGUAGGUUUCGGAGUUUCGACUUUCAUGGUGGUGCUGUUGGCGGUUUCAAUUUCCCAACCAAAUAUCGAGUUGGCAGUUUUGUCACUGGAGUUGGCAGUGGACUUGAUGGUUUCGGACAUGGUCUAAGACGAAAGCAUUUUUCGAAUAUCGAUGUCGAUGAACACAAACCGAUUACUUUCGAUAAUCAUCAUCAUCAUCAUGAGGAUACGGAUGAUUUGUUGGACGAUGAUCACGAGGAGAAGCACGUGGAAAAGGGAGAAAAAUCGCAUGAGAAGCAUGAGUCUAGUGGAGAACACGAAGCUUCUAAGGGUUACAAGGUAAUUGAGGAAUUCGACAAAGGCGAGAAAAGUGAUAGUAAAAAAGAAGAAAAGUCAGGUAAUGAAUAUGAAAAAGCAUCUCUAAAAAGAGGCCACGAAGACGAAGAUAAGCAUUACGCGGCACACGAAGAAUCAGCGCAGGGCGCAAAAGGUGAUCAUUUCACGAAAAGCGAUGGACACAAGAAGGGACACAAGACGACGGGUUACCACAAUAUCUAUCACAAGGAUGAGUAUAAGAAGGAUACGAGUUUCUACGACGACGAGUAUCACGACGCCCAUCAAGAGAAAUACAAUCAGGAGGAUCACAAGCACGCUAAGAAUGAGGCCGAGCACAAGAAAACCGAGUUUGUAGACGCCGCUUACGAGCAGGCUGACAAGGCCGAAAAAGGUUUGUUCGUUAAUGGCCAUCAAUACGGUGUCACACAGGGACACGAUCGAGAACACGGCGUCAAACAGCAUCAUCAACACCAAGCUAACGCACACAGAGAAGCUCAACACGAGUCGUCGCAACACAACGACCAGUCCUCGCACUCGCAUCACUAA